UGCUCGGAGCAAGGGUUGAAGAAUGCUCCGAGGGUGUUGUGGACCGCGCCUUGGUCAGUGGAGACGCACCCGUUCAGGGCUUCGGAGGCAGCGUCUCUCUCUAACUUGGCGCCCACAAUUAUGCAUCAUGCGUCGGUUUGGCCAGCGGAAUGAGAGCAAACGCCCUCCUGCUCUUCUCGGCACUUCUCAGCGCGUGCUGGCAUGCCCUGAAGUGCGAGAAGAACUACACCAUCAAGCCGAGGAUGGUGUUGCCUGACAAUUACGUCAAAGUUACACUUGGGGUGCCUGCAGAAACGCGACCGCCGUCGCAGAACCGAGAGCCUGUGACGAUUGAAUUCAGUAUUUAUGUAGUCGACAUAAAUUCCAUCAACGUCGAGGACAUGGACUUUCGUGUGGAUCUUUUCGUUCGGCAGCGAUGGGUGGAGCCGCGCCUUGAAAUGCCGGAGGACAUUUUUGAAGAGGGCGACGACUUUGUCACCCUGCCGGCCAACUUUUUUGACAACUUGUGGCACCCCGACCCUUACAUCCUGAACGCCAAAGUGUCCGAGAUCGCGACCCUGACACACAAGUUCUCCAGCGUGACCCUGUACCGCAACAAGACGAUCCGAUACGCCGCCAGGAUGCACGCGAUCGUCGCUUGUCAGAUGGAGUUCCAACUCUACCCCAUGGACAUCCAAGUGUGUCCCAUGGCCAUUGAGAGCUUCUCAUAUACUAACCAGAAACUACGACUGGUAUGGGGUCAGGACGGGGUAACGGUCAACCCUGAGCUGAAAUUGCUGCAAUAUAACGUGGGCCAACCACUGCAGCUUGAAGAGAGCAGCGGAUUCAUGCUCGAAAAGGAAGGAAAUUAUUCCCGUCUGGUGGCCUAUUUUCGAUUUGAACGCCAGAUCGGCCACCACUUGAUUCAGACCUUCGCCCCUUCCGCUUUGGUCGUAAUGCUUUCGUGGUUCAGUUUCUGGCUUGGUCUCGACGCCAUUCCCGGCCGCGUGACCUUGCUGGUGACCUCGAUGCUCACCCUGGUCACCAUGUUCACCGGUCUCAAAUCAGACAUCCCGCCCGUCGCCUACGUCAAGGCGCUUGAUUUGUGGAUGGCGGGGUGCAUGGUGUUUGUUUUCGCGGCGCUGGGGGAAUUUGUGGUCGUUAAAGUUCUGGACGUGCACUACACGGAACACAAGGCGGCGCAGAGAAGCAACAACCAAGCCCUGCAGAAUAAUACAAAAAACAACAAUUGUUCCAUUGCAAGAAUUUUUCCACUAAAUUUAAACCGAGCAAAAGCUACGGAGCGCGUCUCUGCAGAGAGAAUCCAGGCCAAGUCUGCAUGGGAUGUGGAAGCGGGCGUUCGAUGCCGCAAGCUGGUCGCUGUGCAGGGCACCGAAACCGACUCGUCCACACAGACGGAGCAGCCCACUUGGUGGUCGCUACCCCCUCUGUCCUGGACCGACCCAGAGAGUGGCGAGGAAAAAGUUCUGUGGCGUGAAAUAGACCGCGUCUCACGACUUGUUUUCCCCUUUUUCUUUCUACUUUUCGUCCUGACUUAUUGGCCUAUUCUGUUGCUAAAAAAGGGCUAGUCAGAAAUUUUCCCUAUUUAUAAUGACGGCAUACGGCAUUCAUCUGUGACUUAUUAGUCAAAAACGCGUAUUUUCGCAUGCGUUCUCAAUCACUUUUCAGUUGAAUAUAUAUUUGUAUACUUAGGCCGUUUGGUACAAAAGCCCUUAUAAUAUAUGUAUUUGGACAAAUAAAUCUUAAAUU